AUGACCAAACCCAAGAGAAGACGCUCGUCUGUACAAUCGCUCAGCGCCACGCGCAAGAAAAAAUUCUUGGUACCGCCCACGAUCAAAUACGAUCCCAACUAUGCCAGAAAAAAGAUCUCGGUCAGCGACUUGCGCGACCUCAUCCUUCACAUGCUCUGCGAGUCGUACCUGAACAUCCCACCGCCCACUUGGUGCACCGUCACCAACCGCGCGCAGAUCCAACACGUGGUUUUUUUGUUCGUUCCGGGCUUGCAGCCGCGCCACUUUGGCCAUACGGACUUUGUCAAGACCGUCAGCCCUCAGCGCGUCGCGCCGCCGUGCGAGCCGCGUGAGGACAUGCCGUUUUUUCGCGCCACCUUCGACACCGUCUGGCCCGUGGUUGCGCCGGGCAGCAAGGAGACGCUCUUCUCCAGCAUGCACGCAUUGACGAACGUCCCGCUCACAAAGAAGGAAAAGGACAAGUUGAAGAGGGAUCCGGCGUCUACCAAGCGCUUGGUGUUGCCUGAUUUGCUCAUGACCCAUGGCCAGAUGACCGCCAAUGAGUAUCCGAUUCAUUCGGAGAUGGGCCCCGAGGGCCCCAAAGCUCAUGGUUGGGUCGAAACGGUAAAGUUCUUCCAUGAGGGCUCUCAUACCUUUGCACUCGACUGUGAAAUGUGCCUUUCCGCGUCCGGGAAGGUGUUGACGCGAAUUUCGCUUGUCGACUUUAACGACAAGGUGCUCAUUGACGAGUACGUCAAGCCCGCGGAGCCGAUUGUGGACUAUCUCACCCGGUACUCGGGGAUUUCAGAAGCGAUUUUGGCCAACGUCACCACCACGUUGGCCGAUGUCCAACAGCUCUUGCUCAGGACCAUUUCCGCGGAUGACGUGCUCAUCGGUCACUCGUUGGAGAGCGAUUUGAACGUGUUGAAGGUGACGCAUCCGAGAAUCAUCGACACGUCUAUCGUGUACGAGCACGUGCGGGGGCCGCCGGCUAAGGCGUCCCUUAAGCAUCUCGCGUCAAAGUAUUUGAACCGCGAGAUCCAGAACAACGGCAUACACGGGCACUCGUCGGUGGAGGAUUCCCAGGCGUGCAUGGACCUUGUAAAGUUGAAGUUGGUCAGCGGUGACGCGUUUGGACGCAAUGUCAGCGAUAUCUCGUUGUUCAAGAAGUUGCAUUCAGAUAAAAAGCGCCCGAAUCGCAGCUUGGUCUUGGACGGCUCCAGUGUUCGUGCCGGCGCGCCCACUAGCGCUGAAACCCGCGUCAGAGUCGCCUGUGACGAUGAGUUGGUGUCCGAGUUGCUUGCCAACAUCGAGAAGUAUGACUUUGUCUUGGGGAAGCUCCGUGAUAUUGAGUAUGCCAGCAACUCUCCGGAAGGCGUUGCCUUUGACAAAGAUCUUUUUCAUGAGAAGAUUGCGGCUUUGGACGCCCGUUUGAGCGCACUCUACGCCAGCUUGCCGAACGACACCGCGUUGCUCAUCUGUUCGGGGAACGGUGACGUGACGGACUUGGUGCGGAUCCAGAACCAGAAGCGCGACUUUCAGCGGGAGAACGAGCCCAAGCGCUGGGACGAGGUCAAGGAUGUCUGGAACCAGCAGCACUUGGAAGCGUUAAAGCGUGCGACCGAAACCGCCAGAGACGCAGUAUUUUUUAUGACCAUGAAAAGUGACGGAUCGCUGCCUGAGAGCUCGCCGUCGCCGGUAGACUCCAGAGAAUCUUCGCUUACUAUGUUGAUGGAUAACAAGGCCGGAUCGAGUUUGAGCAUCGAUGAAGUUGUGAUUGGGGAAUAA